GGGAGACGUACCGCCGAGGCAGGACAGCCGUAGAUACUGGAUCAAAAAUAGAUAAUAAUACGGCGCAUGUUUAGUUCUCUGACAGAACUGUUCAGGGUUCAUUCCAUAACGUGCAUCCUCGAAUCUUGUCAUUUGUCUCGGUGCCUUCUCUCUCUCUCUCUCUGUUCGAAUAGACUUGAUGUUCCUUCUAGCCAGCUGUUCCUUCCAGCUGCACACGGCCAUAACGUCUUCUAUGAUACGACAAUGCUUUCUCCACGCAAGCGGUGUCCUGGGAAGGUGCUUAUUCGUGGCAUUGCCUUCGUCACCGCGUGUGCUCUGCUUGGUGACGUGAGCGGAAUGCCUGAACAGACCCUUCCCGGUGUGGGUGGUGACCGGCGGGAUGGGUUGGCCUCGCUACAUGCAGACACGACCAGCUUACAAGGUAGGCGACUUCAUCGCAGAACCCGCAGGAGUGACCGUCUCGGCGUGAACGCGACGGUCGGAGAGUCCGCGCAAAACAUCACCACACUCUACCUAGCCGUGGUUUUGCCAAAGGCACGGCGGAUCGACAUUCCCUGGUUGACGCAGGUGCAUGAUACGAUAGCGAUGGGCAUUCGUCAGAUAAAUACCAGCCUCCAGUCCACUGGAGCACGCUGGCGACUGGACAUGGAGACGGUGGGCAUUGAGAGACUCUCCUGGCCAAUCAACGAAAACCACAGUGUGCCGUCAGACACGGACGAACUGUUUCGAGAGCUUUCGGACUACAAUUCGCAAUCUAUCCUGUUCGGCACUCUCGACGCACUGCAGUCGCGCAAAGUCGUCUCGUUUCUGGCCAUCCAGUCCGACGCUGUGGUGCGUGUUGUCGGUCCAAUGGCUGCUGCUGUCACUACGCCAGUCGUGACAACGGACACUAAUCACGUCUUGCGAUCUCGAAGUGCGGCGUAUCCCACCCUUCUCAGGGCCAGCAUGAACGAUACGUGGUUGUACGUGGCUACGAAAGAUAUCCUCUACGACCUGCGCUGGAAAAAGGUAUCGCUGCUGUACGCCAUCAACUCGGACACCGCAGCCGGGGAGACGUUCAGCAAUAACCUGGAGCAAAUCUCGUUCCAUGACAUUUCCAUAAAACCUGUCGUCUAUCCCGUCGCCAUUGGAACAAAUCUUUCCGAGAAGACCAAGGAACAGAUGAGAGAGAUAAAGUGGCUUGAUAUCCGCAUCAUCGUGGUGCGCGUUUCGCACACCCUUCUGCCGCUCAUACUAGAUUAUGCGCAAGAGAUAGGCAUUAUUGGGGUGGAGAAUAACUACGCCUGGGUGUUCCUGGACAUGUUAGUGUCGCCCUGCCAGUACCCGACCCAAAUGUGGCCAGUGUUUGAUGGCGCAAUUGUCGUACGGCCCUACGUUCCUCCGGGCCGACUCUGCUAUCUGGCCGAACAACUACACGGCAAGGAAGGCAAUUGCACAGGCACUGCUCAUCACAGUAGUCCUAGCAACAGUAGCAACUGUUCAAGCCAAUGCGACCGCAUGGACCUCCAGUCUGCAUACGCCUACGAUGCAACUUUGGCCAUUGGCAACGCCUUGCAAACCUGGUCCGGUCUGGAUAGGUUGCUUCCACCGGCUGUGACGUCACCAGAGUCCUACUACCGUGGCGUGAACCUUUCAACGGGCUCGUCCACGACCCAGCUGGCGGCAUUGCCAGCAGGGAAGAAUCUAACAUCGGAGAUCUUCGCACAGUUCCUGACGGGUGCAAACACACCGAUUGUUGAUCGCUCCGCAGUCCACUACGAUGUGUUCGUGUCAACUAACCAGGCUGUUCUGCGACCCAUUGGCCGCUGGUCACAGGAAAACUUCACACUAUCUGGAUUUAACGAAAGUUUAGUUCCCAACAACAAGAGCCUAUUUGGGGAUACGCUUCGGCAUGUGUGGCAUGGACGAUUUCCACUGGAUCACUCCAUUGACCAGGAGGAAGUCAGAGUUCUCGUUUAUCCGUACAAGCCUUUCAUUUAUCCAAAGCCUGGUGUUCAGGUAGUGAAGGGUUUGGAGGACCUGAGCGGACCGCUGGUGUCAGUUUGGAAGAACAUCACCAGUUGGUAUGGUAUCAACUAUACACUAACUAUGUGGUCGGAUAUCGGAAAGGGCGAGAGUCUCACCACGCUGCUACGAAAAGACUGCCUGGCCCAUCGCAGCGACAGGCACUGGGACGUCAUUCUUGGCGGCAUGUCCAAGAAGCGGAAGGGGUCGUCCAUCAAAUGUCUACUCUCGGAGACUAUCUUCCAGUCACAGCUGAGAAUCAGCUACCGGCGUCCUGAGCUUGUCACCACUAUACAGAUGUGGGAAGCAUUCAGGCCACUCAGCCUGGGUGUGUGGCUAGGUGUGCUUAUCACUCUGAUCGUGGCUGCAGGUGUGCUGGCCAUACUCGACAAGAAAGGCCUGGCAACGGAACGGCGCGGUCAUAUCGUACCCGAUGCCAUCUUCAUGUCGUUCACCACCUUCCUGGGCUUCCCGGAGCACAACUCUCAAGUAGCCUUUGCGCGUAUAUUCAUCCUGUGCCUGCAGUUCAUGUGUUGUGUCAUUGUCGCACUGUACACCGCCGGCUCGACCAACAUCCUUCAGGAUAGCGAGCACACCGACAACGGAUACAAAUCUGCGAGCUCGCCUGCGGACUUCAGCGGAAAGAAGGUGGGCUACGUUCCAGGGACUGACUCAGGAAUAUUCAUCUCCGAUCUACUGGGUGCCACCAACCCUUCACUGGUACCCUACGCGAACUUCUCGCAGGACAAAGUGAUCGAGAGUUUGAGAAGCAAGAAGACUGAUAUGUUCUUCUCAUCUGGUCUGCUCGCCAAGGCUAUCGCGGCAAACAAUUGUGAUAUUAUCACGAAGGAAGUUAGGGCAUUUCAACAGUUUGGCUUUAUCUAUCCACAUGACUUCGCACUGCAAGGCGUCAUUGACGAGGGCCUGCAUCGCCACAUUGUGGAAAAUUGGAUCCGGACGGCCAUCCACGUGGAGCUGAAGAGCAACUGCUCUAAGCUGGAGGUCGUGAAUAACAGCAAGAGGAAGCUGCAGGUUUCCAGCUUGGUGGGAUUGUGUCUAAUAACAGCAGGCGUGUGCAUUCUACUCACACUGAACAAAGUCUACUAUCUGAUCAAGUAUAGACGCAGGAAAAUUAGAAAGCUGGGCAGUGCCGCCAUGUGGCUAGAAGACGUGGAACGAAACGACUCCGUGAAUCUUGCCAGCAGCGCGUGUGCCUGGGAAUCUCCAUAUCAACCUUGGAACGCAGGACACGAGAUCGCCGCAAAAGACAAGGACAAAGUCCGCACAAGUGAGCCACCCUGUCAGGGCAACCACUCAGUGAUUGGAUAGAUUAACUGGCCAUCUCUCUCGGACGAUGCGCAUGUCAUGUUUCUCUUCACCAGUUAGCAGUCUAACGGCGGUCCAGCCAUACCGGUCUAGCUGAUUGAAUUCGCAACCGGCCUGGCAAUGAAUUUCUGUUUUUUUUCUUUUUUACAAGAUACUAGUAGCCACAAACCAUCAUGGUGGAAACGCCGGCACAAACGCACAGAUAUAGAUAGUGAUGGCUGCCGAAGCAGUGGAGGCGGGGCAAGAGCAGGUAAACCGACCAAGGGUCUCGGUAUCAUCACUGCUCAUGCGCACCAGACACUGGAAACAGAAACAAAAUAAGAAAAUAGAAAACUUUGUAAUGAUAUUUCUGUUCCCAGUACCCCAUACUGACCAACUCUAGCUGGCCAUUGCCAAUGUAAUCGGCUAAUCGCCAGUGCCAUUUCCAGUGCCAGUGGAUUGCGGUAUGAACCGUUGACAACAAGCUAUUAUACACAUGUACAUGUAGCCAUAUUACGUUGAAUAGUGCGUGAUUGUUCUACCGUAAACAUCACGUCGACCGCUAUACCUAUAAUUGAAUGUGCACAAUUAAUUCGAAACGUGUAUUGCAAAAUGCACCAGUAUAUGCAGUACAUGAGUACACUUGCCAUCCUGCCUUUAUUCUUCUUCUUCUUUAUUCUCACGAUGGCGACUCGCGCCAAUAAGUAGGCACCGGCGGAUUAUGCCGGCAUAAUUAUUGGCAUAAUUUGGUGGUUGAAAAUUAGGAGCAUAAUUUGGCAUCCUUUCGGAGGUAGGAGCAUAUCUACAAGAUUGUACCACAGUUCUA